CAGAUAAUCAUGGCGCCCAAUAGAAGUUGGAUGUCACGAAGGCAAGAUUGCACUGGUUAUCUAAGCGAGAAAUUUAAGAAAGGUGUUGUGGAAUUCAUAGAUUUUGUAGAAAGAAAUCCGACAGACAUUGAUAGUUUAGGUCACAUUCUUUGUCCAUGCACAAAAUGUAAGAACAGGCUUAAGGAUAAAAUAUUCUGGGUCGAAAAGCAUUUAUGUGAUCGUGGGUUUAUGGAGGGUUAUAUAAACUGGACUGCUCAUGGUAAGGAAAGAUGGGUUGAACAGGACGCAACAAAUGUUACCCAAGAACAUGAAGAGGAGAAUACAAAUCCAUAUGUAGACAUGGUUAUUGAUGCUGUAGGUGAUAACUUAAACGUAGUGGAAGGUUUAGAAGAGGAUCCGAAUCCAUCCGCGUUGAAGUAUAUGAUGAUGUUCAUAAGAAAAAAAGUGGAGAAUAUGUUUCUGAAGUAUCCAAGGAAAUUAUUGACUCAUAUGGAGAGGCAAUAUCACAAAAAUAUGGAGAAGAUUUAAUAGAUCAACCUGAAGUUGAUCCUGACGUGUGGAUAGAAGUUGCAGGAACCAACAAGAAAGGACGAGUUCAUGGGUUAGGCCGCAGUCUGGAUAUUGGUAUUCAUGAUCAUAGAGAUGUGCCAUUACCUGAAGAUACAGGUGUUUCUACAGUCAAGUCAGUCUCACAAACAGACAUCACUGAGGCUAUUAAAGAAGCAUUGCCUAGUGCUAUAAAUGCAGUGUUGCCUAGUGUUGUGAAUGAAGCUAUACAGAAUAAUUUACUGUCUCUCCUUUCUAAGAUUCCAGGAUUCCCCCAAGAGAAGAACCAUUAGAGUGAUUUUGUUGGGAAUAAUAUUUGGUUAGGUGGCUUAUGUUAAUGCAUUUUGUUAGGCUUAACUUAUUAUCGUAGUUUAUUUCUUUGAUAGAUAAUUGAUUAGGCAAUUUGUUUCAUUUUCAGUUUUUAUAGAAGUUGGCUUACUUUUAUUGGUAGUUUACUUGGUUGAUAAAUAAUUAUUUGGAUUGGUUUUUAUAGUUAU